UCAAGAAAAAACGAAAAUUCGCUUCGAGUUUACGUUUUAUACGCACAAAAUGUUAAAAAUGUGUGUGACACACGUGUGUGAACCGAGUAGAGAACAAAAAUGAAUGAACAAGAGAAGAUGCCUUACCGCCGUCAGCCUAAGACUCUAGAGAGUCUUAGUUUGCGGCAAGUAUGUGAACAUCUCCACCAGAUGUGCCGCCAACUACAAACGUUUUCUCAAAAUAUGUCAUCGGAAUGGGCGUUCUCUUUCGCAAAACAGAUUCUCAGACCUUAUUAUGUCAAUGCCAUACCCGCAAGCCUGCGUAGUCGAAUUAUUGAAGAAACUUCGAAAAUGCUCUACACUCCUACAUCGGGUGGUUCAUUUUUAAAUUCUGGUCCUGCUCCUCUGUAUUUAUUAACAGUGCUUCUUGGUCAUGAUAUCAAACAGUUAAGAGUGAAUCUUUGUUGUUAUUACGGAUGUAGCCAUCAAACAUUGCUUUUAGACUUAUUAGCUUCCGAAGGAAAAGGAAUACAGACUUUAGAACUGGCUCGUUCUGCCUUACUCACGUUAGAACCAAACCACUUCAACUCCGCUCUAUUGAACAUGAAAAAUCUCUUAAGUUUGACUCUUCGCAAUAUAGCUAGCGAUCAGAUACUUGAAAUCAUUGGGAAAGCAUGCACUAAGUUGGAAAUUUUAGAUGUAGCAUGUUCGAAACAAGUGACAGAUGAAGGAUUGAGACAAUUGUUAACGGAAAAAGAAUUAAGAGACAACGAAAUGGAUACAAGUCCAGAGUCAACCAAUUGGACCAAACUGAAAGCCUUGGUGAGCAAACUAAAGUCGAGACCUUGUACCAGAUCCACCGCGAAAAAAAAGAAAAAUCUUCGACUUUCUUCUUUGCAAUAUCAUGAAAGUCGUAAUCCUAUUUGUAAAACCCUGAAAGUUCUUAAUAUUGCUAAUACUUCUGUUACACACGCGGGCGUAAUGAAGGCGUUAUUAAUGUUAUCUAAACUGGAAUCAUUAGCAGAAUACAAUCACAUGGGAGGAGUGGUAGAAAUGAUGAAUGUAUUAAAUGAUGAUGUUCUACUUUCUUUAACACAAGCAAGAAGCUGUAAAACAUCGGAUGCUCAUCUAGAACUUCUUGCUCAGUUAUGUCCAAGAAUUGAAAUGUUACAUAUUUUUGAACCUCUUCAUCCACCAGAAAUGUUAAAAUUAUUUCCCUGUGUCACUUCUUUGAGGAUACAUGGUAUUCCUGUUGAUAAUAUAUGGCUAAAUAAUUUUUAUGAAUAUUUACGCACUAAUGGUUCACAGUUGCAAGAACUUCAUCUACACGUUAUACGAAAAAUCGCUAUAUUGACAAUAGAUUUGAAACAUAUCUUCAACAAUUGUUCUAAUCUCAGACAAUUGAUGACCGAUGGCUCCAAUAUUAUAUGGUCGGAAGGACCAGAUCCAUCACCUCUCAGGGAUUUACAAAAAGUUCGGUUGGGACAUGAAGUAUAUGCCUUGGCUUUAACUAAAAUUCUCUCCUUAGCCCCACAAUUAACAACCCUUCAUAUUCACAGAUGUCCUGAUUUAAACAGCUCACACUUCAAACAAUUUUUUACAAAGCCCUUAAGGUUUGGUAAGAACUAUAAAUUAACCGACAAAAUAGAAAAUAGUUUAGUGCAGAAUUUAUCAUGUUUCUUCAUAUACGAGACCAACAAUAUAUCUGAGAAAACUGUGUUAGACAUAAUUAAUAAUUGGAGAAGCUUAAAAAAAAUCGGUAAUUUGAGUACUUGGGGUCUUUCUUUUAGUGGUAUAACUGUUUUAAAAGGUUCGCUAGAAGAUGCCAAUUUAGAUUUGGAAUUGUGUAAUGGUUCUCAUUGGUUUUGGAGUAGUUGUAUUCACAGUAACUUGAAUACAAUGUAGCUAUAAAGACUGAUUGUUUAAUCGUUUUGAGGACAGCCUUUUUAAGUAUUUUUAAGACCAUGACAUUAUUAAUUAGCUGUUUUAUCAAAAUCACUAUAUAUUUAAUAUUUU